AUGAAGGAAACCUCCCCCAGUCCCCCGUACCUUGAUCGCAUCCGCUCGUGGGCACGAACCAAAGCGCAUGGCGGCACUGAUCGCGCAUCGCGACAACCUGACGCCAACACCCUUCCCAUAAGCCGUCACGGCGCCUCCGAAACCAUUGAGUCGAGCGGCAUCUCCGCCAACAUCGGCAACAAUGCAGCACCUGGCUCGCCCAAUUGCGUGCCUGGCGGAUCUGCAAUCCCCAGUGGCCCUGCCCCGUCACACGGUAAUAGUAGUCCGCCGGUCGCUCCAUCACCGCAGGCUGCGGAGCCGGGGCCUGUCAUAGGUCCCGGGGACGACCAAGAUGUUGCCAAAAAGAAUAUUGCUCAGAGAUUCUUGCGCACCGCCAAGAUGGUCCUGCUGCACAGCAAGCUGAACUUGCUGCUUGUCUUUGUGCCCGUCGGCAUCGCUGUCAACGAGGUCCCGGGUAUGUCGCCCGGUCUCGUCUUUGGCAUGAACGCCAUCGCCAUCGUCCCGCUCGCCGGGCUCCUGAGCUUUGCCACUGAGACGGUGGCGCGUAGGCUUGGAGACUCUCUAGGUGCCCUGCUGAAUGUGACAUUUGGCAACGCCGUAGAGUUAAUUAUCUUCAUUAUCGCUCUUGUCAAGAAUGAGAUUCGUAUUGUUCAAGCUUCGCUACUGGGCUCCAUUUUGUCCAACCUCCUGCUCAUCUUGGGCAUGUCGUUUUUCCUUGGAGGAAUGCGAUUCCGGGAACAGAUUUACAAUAGCACUGUCACCCAGAUGAGCGCCUGCCUUUUGAGCUUGAGUGUGAUUAGUCUAGUCUUACCGACCGCAUUUCAUGCCUCGUUCAGCGAUACUGCGCUUGCAGACGCCCAGUCUUUGAAGAUCAGCCGCGGCACCAGCGUGAUUCUGCUGCUGGUGUACAUUAUAUACCUCCUCUUCCAACUGCUCUCCCACUCAUACAUGUAUGAGUCUACGCCACAGCACAUCAUCGAUGAAGAAGCAACGCCCGGCCCGGUCGCCAACUGGCUCGACUCCUCCAGUUCCGAUGACAGCUCCUCGACCGACUCUGAUUCGAACGACUCUGACCACUCCCGGGGAACCAUUUCCAAGCGGAUGAGGCGAGCUAUGCGCCGACGCCGCAAGUCGAGCGUGGUCUCAACAGCGGGUGAGGGCUCUCGGACAUCUUCUUUCGGUGCGAGCGUCACGAGCGAUCCCAAGGUCAUGCCUGAUGGAACUCCUUCGGAGGAACCAUCAUCCCGUCCCCGUAUCGCCGUCACAAAGCCUAGCAGCGGAACGCCCGACGGGAAUGAGGAGGCUAUCCAGGAUGAAACGGCCCAUCGGCAUGCAAAGCGUCACCAUCGUCACCGGUCGUCUAAGAAACAUCGCAAACAUAAGCGCAAGGAGUCACGGGAAUGUACGGCCGGGGAGACCAUCGACGAAAACACCGCCUCUGGGGCCGGACCCAUGUCCUCUCCUGGUGAACCGCGGAGAGUGGACUUCGCCACAGUGAACGCGGACGCGCCCGGAGAGGGCACAGCAGAGGCAGUAGCAGCUCGCAACCGGUUCAAUGUCCUGCGCGGUAAAUCCCUUGGGCCGGUGGCUAAGAGCCUAGCCCCAACGGUUUUCACGCAGCCGGCCGAUGCCGCGAUGCCAAGCUUACCUUCGGGCCCUGUCCCCCGGGUCCGCUAUGGCAUCCGCCGAACCAAUUCUCUGCCCGACCGACUGAACCAGUACUACGGGGCUCCCGGCGCAAUGAUGCCUUCGCAGAUCCCCCUAGCUGGCGUACCAAGAGCGGCUAUUGCCGCAAAUACUGUCGGAGAUGGCGAGGAACUGUCCCGAACUGCAGCCGUGGUGCUCUUGAUCGUAUCAACAGGUCUAGUCGCCGUGUGCGCCGAGUUCAUGGUAGACUCGAUCAACGGGCUUGUCGAGACGACCAGCAUUGGUGAAAUUUUUAUCGGCCUCAUUAUCCUACCGAUCGUGGGCAAUGCGGCCGAGCAUGUUACGGCCAUUACGGUAGCGAUGAAGAACAAGAUGGAUCUAGCGAUUGGCGUGGCGGUGGGAAGCUCGAUUCAGAUUGCCCUCUUCGUCACGCCUCUUAUUGUCAUCAUCGGGUGGGCCAUGGGCCGCGAGAUGACGCUUUACUUCACUCUGUUCGAGACAGUUUGUUUGUUCGUGUCGGCCUUCAUCACGAAUUUCUUGGUCCUGGAUGGGCGUAGCAACUAUCUCGAGGGCGCACUCUUGAUCGCUACCUACGUCAUCAUCGGCGUCGUGGCUUUCUUCUACCCCAACGCAGCUGAGGCUAGUUCAUUGGGUGCUUGA